AUGUGGAGAGAGAGUGCGUUCUUGGUGAUUCUGCUGUUUCGACUUCACCAAAUUUCUGCUACAAAGCACUAUGUUCAUGCUUGUCCCCUUUCUUCCUGUGGCAAACUCACCAACAUAACGCAUCCAUUCCGACUAAAAGGCGACCCAGAUCGCUGCGGCGACCACAGGUAUGAGCUCACCUGUGAAAAUAACGUUACAAUUUUAUCUUUGUACUCCGGAAAAUACAAUGUGCAGGCCAUCAACUACAAUAAUUUCACAAUCCGAGUGGUUGAUCCCGGUGUUCGGCAAUCAAAUUGCUCCUCCAUUCCUCUCUAUUUCUUGUCUCGAUCCAAUUUCAGUGAUUCCUAUAAUUUCCUCGAGAUUGAUAUGGAUGCAUACCAAACUACUCAAGAACGAUUAUCCGAACCUAUCUAUUUUAACCAUAUAAGAAUGCGCGAAGUUCUUUCAAAGCCGGUUUCCGAACAUGUAGUUUUCAUGAAUUGUAACCAUACUGUGAGUGACAAUGGUAAGUAUGUAGAUACUGCUCCCUGCGUGAAUUGGCACUCCAAAGGUUAUACAUAUGCUAUAGCUGGGGACCUAAUAGCCGAGGAGUUAGAAGUUGGUUGUAAUGUAAAGCUGGUUACUCCCACAUCUUGGUGGGGUUUGAACACACCUCAAUAUUCCUACAGUGAGAUGCACAAGGCACUAGCGUAUGGGUUUGAGAUUUCGUGGAUGAAUCGCGCCUGCCAGGACAUUUGUGCAAAUUCAAUGGAUAGUUCAAUGGAUGGCUCCUGCAUAUGGGACACUUCCGGGAGGCUUGAUUGCUCGCUCAACUGCCACAGGUUCCUGUCAAUUUUGAGUAUAUGUGAAAUGAGACUGCGGAACCAGAUUUUGUGCAAAGCUAUAUGUAUGUAUGUAAAACAAGUUCAGAAAAAUCCAGAGUGA